UAUAUUGGGCCAGAACUCUUUCAACGAAGGUGGUUGAGCCAGAUCUAUUACAGCGAAGUAAGUUGGACCAGAACUGCGACGGUGAAAGUGGUUUUUUCUUAUUUUUUGAAAUUCUAGGCAGUUUGGCCAGAUCUGUCACAGCAAAG